CCCUCCUGCCCUCCCCUCAGCCUCCUUCCCGCCUCAGCCUCCCAGCCUCCUUCCCCCCUCAGCCCUCCUGGACCCUCUCUUUCCCCCCAGCCUCCUGCUCCCCCAACAUCCUGCACCGCUCUUUCCGCCAAGCCCUCGCCCCAAAGCCCUCCUGCCCCUCCCCCUCAGCCUCCCAACCCUCCUGCCCCCCUCCCCUCAAUGCCCCUCCCAGCCCUCCUUCCCUCAGCCUCCUGGACGGCCUCUCUUUCCCCCGCAGCCCUCCUGCUUCCCCAGCCAUCCUGACCUCUCUUUCCCCGCCGCCUCCUGCCCCCAGCCCUCCUGCCCCCCGUCAGCCCUCCUGCCCCCUCCCCUCAAGCCUCCCAGCCCUCCUGCCCUCCCCUCAGCCCCCCAGCACUCCUGGCCCCUCUUUCCCCCCAGCCCUCCUGCCCCCUCAGCCGCUCCUGCCCCCUCAGCCCUCCUUUCCCCUAGCCCUCCUGGCCCCUCUCUUUUCCCCCAGCCCUCCUGCUCCCCCAGCCAUCCUGCACCUUCUCUUUCCCGCCAGCCCUCCUGCCCCCAAGCCCCCUCCUGCCCCUCAGCCCCUCCUGCCGCGCUCAGCCCUCCUGCCCCCUUCCCUCAGCCUCCAGCCUCUUCCCGCCCUCAGCCUCCUCCCCCCAGCCCCUCUCUUUCCCCAGCCCUCCUGCCCCUCAACCCUCCUGCCCUCCCUCAGCCCUCCUGCCCUUCCCUCAGCCUUCCUUCCCCUCAGCGCUCCUACCCCCUCACCCUCCUGCCCCCUCCCCUCAGCCCUCCCAGCCUCCUUCCCCCUCAGCCCUCUGGGCCUCUCUUUCCCGCCCAGCCCUCACCUGCUCCCCGCAUCCUGCACCCCUCUCUUUCCCGCCAGCCCUCUUCCCCCUUCAGCCCUCCUUCCGCCGCUCCCUCAGCCGCCUCCUGCCUCAGCCUCCUGCCCACUCAGCCCUCCUGCCCCCUCCCCUCAGCCCUCCCAGCCCUCUUCCUCAGCCCUCCUGGCCCUCUCUUUCCCCCCAGCCCCUCCUGCUCCCCAGCCCUCCUGCCCCCUCUCUUCCCCCCAGCCCUUCCCUGCUCCCCAGCCCAUCCUGCACCCUCUCUUUCCCGCCAGGCCUCCUGCCCCCCAGCCCUCCUGCCCCUCUCUUUCCCGUCAGCCCUCCUGCACCUCCUCUUUCCCCCUCAGCCCCCCCAGCCCCUCUCUUCCCAGCCAGCCUCCUGCCCCUCAGCCCUCCUGCCCCCUCCCCUCAGCCCUCCCUGCCCCCUCCCUCAGCCCUCCUUCCCCCUCAGCCCUCCUACCCUCACCUCCUGCCCCCUCGCCCUCAGCCCUCCAGCCCUCCUUCCCCCUCAGCCCUCCUGGCGCCCUCUCUUUCCCCCAGCCCUCCUGCUCCUGCCAGCCUCCUGCACCCUCUCUUUCCACGGCCAGCCCUCCUUCCCCUCAAAGCCCCUUCCCCCGCUCAGCCCUCCUGCCCCUCAGCCCUCUGCCCCCUCAGCCCUCCUGCCCCCUCCCCUCAAGCCCUCAGCACCUCCUUCCCCGUCAGGCCGCUCCUGGCCCCUUCUUUCCCCCCAGCCCUCCUGCUCCCCGGCCACUCCGCCCCCUCUCUUUCCCCCCAGCCCCUCCUGCUCCCCCGCAGCCAUCUGCACCCUCUCUUUCCCGCAGCCCUCGCUGCCCCCCAGCCCUCCUGCCCCCUUCCUUUCCCCGCCAGCCUCCCUGCACCCUCUCUUUCCCCCUCAGCCCCCCCAGCCCCUCUCUUUCCCCCAGCCCUCCUGCCCCCUCAGCCCUCACUGCCUCCCUCAGCCCUCCUGCCCCCCCCCCAGCCCUCCUUCCCCAGCCUCCUACCCCUCCGCCUCCUGCCCCCGUCCCCUCAGCCCUCCCAGCCCCCUUCCCCUCAGCCCUUCCUGGCCCUCUCUCUUUCCCCAGCCUCCUGCUCCCCAGCAUGCCUGCACCCUCUCUUUCCCGCCAGCCGUCCUUUCCCCCUCACCUCCUUCCCCUCCCUCAGCCUCCUGCCCCCUCAGCCUCCUGCCCCCUCAGCCCUCCUGCCCCCUCCCCUCAGCACCUCCCCAGCCCUCCUUCCCCUCAAGCCCUCUGCCCUCUCUUCCCCCCACCCUCCUGCUCCCCUCAGCCACCCUGCCCCCUCUCUUUCCCCCCAGCCUCUGCCUCCCCAGCCAUCCUGCACCCUCUCUUUCCCCGCCAGCCCUCUGCCCCCCCCCAGCCCUCCUGCCCCCGUCUCUUUCCCGCCAAGCCCCUCCUGGCCUCCUCUCUUUCCCAGCCCUCCUGCCCCUCUCUUUCACCCCCGCCCUCGCUCGGCCCCGUCUCUUUCCCCAGCCCUCCUGCUCCCCCGCCCUCCUUCGCCGCCCUUCUCUUGUCCAGGCCCGCCAGCCCCUCUCCGUCUGCUCUUCUCCCCCCAGACCCGCGGCGCCCCCAUCUCUUUCCCCAGCCCUCCUUGCUCCCCCGGCCCUCCUGCCCCUCUUUCUUUCCCCGCCAGCCCUCUGGCCCUCCUUCAUCCCCAGCCCAUCCUUUGGCCCUCUUCUUCUCCACCGAUGACCUUCGGUGCGGCCAGUGGAGCGCCAGCAGGGGCCACGCCUGCCCCCUCUCGUUUUCCGCACCCGACGAGAGCUCCUUCCCUGCCAAGUUUCCUUGGUUGUCCCCACCCAGCACCUACCUGUGA